AUGACAAUUUUCCAUUCAUGUAGAGGCCAUGGAACCUACCUACAAGACAACAAACUCAAGGCUUCUGUUGCAGGGUUCGUCGAAAAGGUCGGAAAGCUGAUUUGCGUCAAGCCUGUCAAAUCAAGAUAUAACGGCGAAGUCGGUGAUGUUGUGGUUGGUAUAAUUACUGAAGUUGGCCAGAGGCGUUGGAAAGUCGACACUUAUUCUAGAUUAGAUUCACUUUUAAUGCUAUCGGCCGUAAAUCUACCAGGUGGAGAAUUGAGGCGGAGAUCGGAGAAAGAUGAACUAAUGAUGAGACAGCAUCUAACUGAAGGAGAUCUAAUUAGUGCUGAAGUACAAUCCGUUCACGGUGAUGGCUCAUUAGCAUUGCACACGAGAAGUCUAAAAUAUGGCAAGCUGAUUCAGGGUACUUUGGUAACAGUAGCUCCAGCAUUGAUAAAAAGAUGCAAGACGCAUUUUCAUAAUCUAGAAUGUGGAGCUAGCAUUAUUUUAGGAAAUAAUGGUUAUAUUUGGAUUUCUCCGCUAUUGAAGGAAGAUGCGGAAAAUCAAACAACAAAGUCGGAUACCUCAACACUCGAACGUGAAAUUGUAGCUAGAUUAAGAAAUUGUAUUAUGGCAUUGGCCGAACGACAAAUGUUACUAUAUGAUACAUCCAUAACUUAUACAUACGAAGCAUCUCUAAAUUAUCAAGUAAGUCAACAUAAGAAGUGA